UCUUUCCUUCAGUUAGGUUCAGUUCAUCUUUAUCAACUGCACAAAGAAGGAGAAUUAUCUUUGCUUUCUGCUGCCAUUUUCUCCCUACAACUCAAACCAAUUCCACCUUUAGUACCCCCCAUUUAAUCAUUUUUCGUCCUCUUACAUACCAGCCUGUUUGUCUGCCACACUAACACUUCCUAGCUACUUCCCAAAAGUCCUUCCACUAAUUCUCUAACCCCCCAAGCACCAAACUGAUCAAAAGAUUUGGUGAACAAAACAAACAAGUUGUAGUUGGUAACCAUAUCCCUUCACUGUUUGCCUCUUCCCCUCUAUCCUCUUUUUCUACUCCAUGAACUUGUAGUUGCAAGCCAAUAUGUUGUAUUACCUACGGGAAACAUGAGCCUUAACUUCCAAAAUCUCCAUUUGUGGUGGAGAAUCACAUCCUUCCUUCUCCUACUUCUUCAAUCUGCUAAAUCUCUCAACUCUGAUGGUAUUCUUUUGCUUAAAUUCAAAUACUCCAUCCUCAGUGACCCACUAUCAGUCCUAGAGAGCUGGAACUACGAUGAUGUGACUCCAUGUUCAUGGCAUGGUGUUACAUGCACCGAAAUUGGACCACCUGGUUCCCCUGGCUUGUUCAGAGUAACUAGUUUGGCCCUUCCCAAUAGCCAACUUUUGGGUUCCAUUUCUAAAGACUUAGGCAUGAUUCAACACCUUCGCCAAAUCGAUCUCUCCAACAAUUUCCUCAACGGCUCUCUCCCCAACACUAUCUUCAACUCUUCCCAACUUCAAGUGCUUUCCCUCUCAAACAAUGUCAUCUCAGGUGAACUACCUGAGCUGGUUGGUAACCUCACAAACCUUAAACUUCUCAACCUCUCAGACAACGCCUUUGCCGGGUUGAUCCCAGAAAAGCUUCCUACUUUACCAAACUUAACCGUUGUUUCAUUGAAGAGUAACUACUUUUCUGGCAGUGUCCCAACCGGGUUCAACCAUGUAGAGAUUUUGGAUUUGUCCUCCAACUUGCUCAACGGUUCUCUGCCAAAUGACUUUGGAGGCGAAAACUUGCGCUACUUGAACCUCUCCUACAACAAGAUUUCGGGAACAAUACCUCUAGCAUUUGCAAAACAGAUUUCUGGAAACACAACAGUGGAUCUCUCAUUCAACAAUCUAACGGGACCAAUACCAGGGUCUGAGGCUUUGCUCAACCAGAAGACAGAGUUUCUAUCAGGGAAUGCUGAUCUCUGUGGUAAGCCUCUGAAGCUUCUUUGCACUGUUCCCUCUACUGCAUCCACUGCUCCACUCAACGGCACCACAUCUUCACCAGCAAUUGCAGUCAUGCCAAAAACAAUUGACACAACACCUUCAACAAACACAACAGGAACCACCACCCAGAAUGUCUCACCAAGUGGCCUAAAACCUUCCACCAUAGCAGCCAUUGUGGUAGGAGACUUAGCUGGCAUGGCCCUUUUGGCCCUCAUCAUUCUCUUCAUCUACCAACACAGGGAAAAAAGAUACACAAAUCCAAAACCAAACAUGAAUGCUUCUGUUUCCAGCAACUCAGAAAAGAAAGAGGAAACUGUUUCAAGACAAGUGGUAGAUGUGAGAACAGUAACACUAACACCUUCUCUUCCGUGUUCCUGCUUAACAAUCAAAGAAGAAGAAACUUCAGAGGCAACAAGCUCCGACAGUGACCGCGAGAGCAACACUGCGGUGGACAUCAUCGGCGCACAAAACGGGAACACUCUUGUAAUCGUCGACGGUGAAACGAACCUGGAGCUAAAGACUUUGCUCAAGGCUUCAGCGUAUAUUUUGGGAAACAGCCACGUCAGCAUUGUUUACAAGGCGGUGCUGGAGGAUGGGAGAGCCUUUGCCGUUAGAAGGAUCGGUGAGUGUAAGAUUCAAAGAAUGAAGGAGUUCGAGAACCAAGUGCGUGCCAUUGCAAAGCUUCGCCACCCCAAUUUGGUUAAGCUUCGUGGCUUCUGCUGGGGUCAAGAUGAUAAACUCCUAAUAUGUGACUAUGUUCCCAAUGGCAGCCUCGCUACCAUGGGUUACAGAAGAGGAGGUACAUGUUCUUUGAAAUUGUCCUUGGAGGGGCGAUUGAAGAUAGCAAAAGGGGUGGCACGAGGAUUGGCCUUCAUUCACGAGAAGAAACACGUGCAUGGCAACGUUAAACCGAGCAACAUUCUAUUAAACUCGGAAAUGGAAGCCGUGAUAAGCGAUUUUGGGGUGGACCGGCUCCUGUUGAAUGACGUCGCGAUCGCCCACAGAGCAAACGGUUCGGCAAGACAACAAGAGCUAACAUUGGGUUCAAGCCCCUACACGACAAUGGGCUCAUCGUCCAGUACGGUGGGCCUAAUGGCCUAUCAAGCACCAGAAACGUUUAAAAACAUCAAGGCCAGCAACAAAUGGGACGUGUACUCUUUCGGCGUGGUGUUGCUGGAGCUUCUAACUGGGAGGGUUUUGUUGGAGCGGGAGUUGGAACAGUGGCAUGAACCGGGUUCGGUGGAAGAGGAGAAGAACCGGGUGUUGAAGAUGGCUGACGUGGCAAUAAAGUGUGACAUGGAAACAAGAGAGAGUGUGUUAUUGGCAUGGUUCAAGUUGGGCCUCAGCUGUGCUUGUCCGGUCCCACAAAAGAGACCCUCCAUGAAAGAGGCUCUACAAAUCUUGGACAAGAUCCAUGCUGCUACCCUCAAUUAAUUCUUCUUUAUAAAUCAUAAGCCUCUAUUUUUAGCCUUUUCCUUCUUUUCUUGACCUUGUUAGAGACAAGUGUUUAAUUGUUUGUGCAUGCAUGCUAGUAACAAUGAUUAAUUGUAACAUUGAUCACCCAAUCCAAUCUAUAAUUAAGGUGCUUUUCGCCA